AUGAGGCUUCUCAAUCUUCUUGCUGCCGCUGGCUUCUGCCAGGCCCACACUAUAUUUGUCUCACUUGACGCGGAUGGCGUCAACAGCGGCAUUUCACAAGGCGUUCGAACGCCCGACUACGACGGCCCUCAAACUGAUGUCACGUCCCAGUAUAUCGCAUGUAAUGGCCCGCCAAACCCGACAAAGCCGACAGACAAAGUAAUCACUGUGACCGCCGGGUCUACGGUCACUGCGAUCUGGCGUCACACGUUAACCAGCGGUCCAGACGACGUCAUGGACGCCAGCCACAAAGGUCCAACGAUCGCCUAUCUCAAGAAAGUCAACGAUGCGAAAACCGACACGGGGGUCGGAGGCGGCUGGUACAAGAUACAAGAAGAUGGCUUUAGCAACGGCGUCUGGGGCACUGAGAGGGUCAUCAAUAACGCGGGGAAACACAACAUCACCAUCCCCAAGUGCAUUGCGAACGGCCAAUACCUUCUCAGGGCGGAAAUGAUCGCCCUGCACAGCGCCAGUUCAUACCCUGGAGCGCAGCUGUACAUGGAAUGCGCCCAGAUCAACGUCGUCGGUGGAACUGCUGCCAAAACGCCGUCGACCGUCAGCUUUCCUGGGGCUUACAAGGGGACUGAUCCAGGCAUCACUCUUAGCAUCUACUACCCUCCUGUCACGAACUAUGUCAUCCCCGGCCCGCAGAAGUUUUCUUGCUAA